ACACCACCUCCGAUGUGAGCCGUUCUGAAGAACCAAGUUGACGAAAGGUUCAAAGGGCAUUGGAUUAUGCGGCACAGGCGGCCCAGUCGGGCCACGUGGUGGACUGCGAACAAAGAAACAUAGCAGCCGCUCUCAGUAGCAGUUAGCUCCUGCUACCCGUACUGGCAUGCAGGAAGGGCUGGACUAACAAUACCGGAGUUUACACACUAGGAGCAGAAACGAUUUAAAAUGUCAGACGAGGAGGAUAUGGCUCCAGCCAUGAAGAAGAGUCGUGUUUUCUAUGGCAGCCUGGAGGAGAAGGAGCGAGAGCGCCUGACCCUGGAGGCAGCGAGCAGUGCAGUUACAAGAAAUGAUGCGGUGAAGGCGGGCAUUAAAGCAGGAAACAUCAACAUCUCAUCAGGAGAGACCAUGGAGAUGGAGGAGAGGGUCAGCGAGCGGCAGCAGGAAGCGCUUGCUGAGUUUGAGCGGCGCCGGCGAGCCAGGCAGAUCACCGUUUCAACCGAUGAUGCUGAAGUUAAAGCGGGUCUCCGAGCGUUGGGAGAGCCAAUCACGUUGUUCGGAGAGGGCCCAGCUGACCGGCGUGAGAGGCUGCGCAGCGUUUUGUCCGUGGUCGGUCCAGACGCUCUGAAGAAGUCCAGGAAAGAUGAGGAUAGAGCCAAGAGGUCCCAUGACGAGUGCCAGCAGACGUGGUACCAUGAAGGCCCCGCCUCCCUGAAAGAAGCUCGUUUCUGGCUGGCCAGAUACUCUCUGCCACGGGCGAUGAGGCGUCUGGAAACUGCACGUGCUCAGAAGGAGGUUCCUGAGGCGACAAAGACGAUCCGCCAACAGGAGCUGCACAAAUCCCUGAGGAAUCUGAACAACUUCUGCAGUCAGAUUGGAGAUGAUCGACCAAUCAGCUUCUGCAACUUCAGUCCGGACUCCAAAAUGUUGGCCACAGCGUCUUGGAGCGGUCUGUGUAAGCUGUGGUCCGUCCCUGACUGCACCCUGAUUCGGACCCUGAGAGGACACAACACCAAUGUAGGAGCCAUCGUCUUCCGCCCGCAGGCCGGAGUCUCUCUUGACCAAUCAGACGUCAGCCUGGCCUCCUGUGCUGCUGAUGGGACGGUGAAGCUGUGGAAUCUGGAGAGUGAUGAGCCGGUGGCGGACAUUGAGGGUCACAGUGAUCGGGUCUCUCGGGUUUCCUGGCAUCCCUCUGGAAGAUUCCUAGGAACCACCUGUUAUGACCACUCGUGGCGUUUGUGGGACCUGGUGGUUCAGGAGGAGAUCCUCCAUCAGGAAGGUCACAGUAAAGGAGUUCAUGACAUCAGCUUCCAUCCUGAUGGCUCUCUGGCUGCUACAGGAGGGCUGGAUGCGUUCGGCAGGGUUUGGGACCUAAGGACGGGACGCUGCGUGGUUUUCCUUGAGGGACACUUGAAGGAGAUAUACAGUGUUCACUUCAGUCCCAACGGGUCAGCGCAUCACACACCAGCCAAUCAUACUGCAAUUAGCAGAGAUCCAGCCAAUCCGAGGAGUGAUCUUAAUUUAACUAUGGCAAAGUGUCCCUGCCAAAAAAGAGUCAUUCAAAGAUAUUUAAAAACGUUGAUGGUCCAGUUGAAACUGGACAUUUUGUGGAUUUACUGGUUGGUUUCUGCUUCGCUGAGAAUUGUGUAGUUCCCUGUAGAAUUUAAGUCUAAACCGGACCUUUGUGGUUUUAUUGGUUUGUU